AUGCAAAUGAUGAAUGCUAUGAUCGUUCUAUUGCUCAGUUUAUUUGUAAAUGGUCAAAUUCCAAAUCCUGGUCAAUAUCGAUUUACUUUGACAACAAAUGGUGUUGCUCAAGAACGUUAUGCUGUUGAUAAACAAGUGGGUAAAAUGUUACGUAUUUGGUUUUCGAAUAUAGGUGAUGAAGAAUUUGGUGGUAAUCAAGAUAUCUAUGUACGUGCUGAUAAUCGUACUUAUUUCUUUGAUUUUAUGUCACAACCACCACAAUGUAUAGCUAAUCGUGGUGGACCAUAUAAUGAAAUGAACUACUGGCCAAAAGUUGUAGACGCAUUUGGUGGUGAAAGUAAAACAUAUGAUGAAUUAAUAUUUGAUGCAGAUUGUGAUGGAACUUGUUUAACAUGGACAAUUGAAUUUAAUUCAACACAACAUUAUCAUUAUCAUUAUCAAGAUCGUUUGUAUGUGAAAAAAUCUGAACGAAAACCAAUAAAAUCGGUUUUAAAAGGAUAUAAUAUGGAUACAGGUAAAUUAGUAUCAACAGAUGUAACGAGAUUUAUCGGUUGGAAUACAGACAAAAUACCAGAAUAUGAAUUUGAUUAUCCAAUGGAUUUAAAAACAUGUUAUUAUGCAUAA